GCCCCGCCCCGCCUUGUCAUUGUCCCCUCAAGUCUCUUUCUUCCCAAAAGCUCCGAGAGCCGCUCCCUUCUCCCCGGUGCCCCACGUCCUAAGAGUGGUUCCGACGAGCAGGAUGGAGGGCUGCCUGGGGGAGGAAUCUUUCCAGCUGUGGGAGCUCAACCGACGCCUGGAGGCCUACCUGGCCCGGGUCAAGGCGCUGGAGGAGCAGAACGAGCUGCUCAGCGCGGAGCUCGGGGGUCUCCGGGCACAGUCCGGGGACACAUCUUGGCGGGCCCGAGCCGACGACGAGCUGGCGGCCCUGCGGGCCCUCGUGGACCAGCGCUGGCGGGAGAAGCACGCGGCCGAGGUGGAGCGCGACAACCUGGCCGAAGAGCUGGAGGGCGUGGCGGGCCGAUGCCAGCAGCUGCGGCUGGCGCGGGAGCGGGCCUCCGAGGAGGCAGCCCGCAGCCGGCGAGCGGUCGAGGCCGAGCAGUGCGCCCGGGGCUGGCUGAGCGCACAGGCGGCGGAGCUGGAGCGCGAGCUGGACGCCCUGCGCGCCGCGCACGACGAGGAACGCGCCAGUCUGAACGCUCAGGCUGCCUGUGUCCCCCGGGUCCCCGCUCGACCCCGCGGUCCCCCAGCGCCGGCCCCGGAGGUGGAGGAGCUGGCCCGGCGGCUGGGCGACGCGUGGCGCGGGGCAGUGCGCGGCUACCAAGAGCGCGUGGCGCACAUGGAGACGUCCCUGGGCCAGGCCCGCGAGCGGCUGGGCAGAGCCGUGCAGGGCGCUCGGGAGGGUCGCCUGGAGCUGCAGCAGCUCCAGACCGAGCGCAGCGGCCUCCAGGAGCGCAGGGAGGCGCUGGAACAGAGGCUGGAGGGCCGCUGGCAGGAGCGGCUGCGGGCCACUGAAAAGUUCCAGCUGGCUGUGGAGGCCCUGGAGCAGGAGAAGCAGGGUCUCCAGAGCCAGAUCGCCCAGGUCCUGGAGGGUCGACAGCAGCUGGCACACCUCAAGAUGUCCCUCAGCCUGGAGGUGGCCACAUACAGGACCCUCCUGGAGGCUGAGAACUCCCGGCUACAGACCCCUGGUGGCAGUUCCAAAGCUUCCCUCAGCUUCCCGGACCCCAAGCCAGAGCUGCAUUUCCCCGGGACCCCAGAGGGCCGGCGUCUGGGACCUCUGCUUCCUGUUCUUAGCCCAACUGCCCUCCCAUCUCCCUUGCCUAAUGCCCUUGAGACACCUGUACCAGCCUUUCUAAAGAGCCACGAGUUCCUGCAGGCCCGUACCCCCGCCUUGGCCAGCACCCCCAUCCCACCCACACCUCAGGCUUCCUGUCCUGCUACAAAUGUAGCGGCCAGAGCCCAAGAUGCUCCUGUCUCCUUGGUCCAGCCGCAGGGUGAGAGCCAACAGGCUCCAGAGCUUGUGUGGGCUGAAGCCAAGGGGGCUGUCCCUGCCAGCAUCCUCCCAGGACCACAGGAGCCAGGGGGCAAGCAGCCAGAGGCCAGUACAAGCCAGUCACCUGAGAAUCAGUCCUCUUUGGCCCCACCCCUUGGCCUUGAUCAUCCCAGUUUAGAGGCUAAAGAUGGAGAACCCAGUGGAUCUAUAGCAUCCAGCAGAUUCCAGGAAGAAAGUGAAGAGCAAGUAUGGGGGUUAGUAGAGAAAGAAGCAGCCAUAGAGGUCCACGUAGAGAGAAACRUGCAGCAGAAAACAUGGCCAGAAGAAGGAGACUUGGACAUGAAAGAAAUUCAGGAUCGGGAUCCUUUGGAAAAAGAAACCCUGCAGACUGGGGGAAUUGAGAUUCCAGAGCCACAAAUGUCCUUGGAAAACCAGAGUCAUGAGUCACUAGAGAAGGAAGAUCAAGAAUCUCUGAGGUCUUUAGAGGAAGAGAACUUAGAAACACGAAAAGAUCUGGAAAACAAAAAUCCAGAGCUACUGAAAUCUUUAGAAGAAAAAGACAUGCAGUUGGAGAGACCUCUAGAAAAGGAGGCUCCUGAACUACCCAGACUUAUAGGAAAAGAGGACUCACAGACAUUGCAAUCCUUAGAAAAGGAGAACCAAGAACUAAUGAUGUCUCUUGAAGGUAAUCUAGAGACAGUUUUAUUUGCAGGAAAAGAAUAUCAAGAAUCAGUGAAGUCUCCAGAAGAGGAAAAAUUAGAAUCAUUGGGAGCUUUCAAAGAGGAGAACCAACAGCCUCUGGGAUCUGAAGAACCAGAGGACCAGGGAUCAUGGGGAUCUCUACCAAAAGAGAAUCAGGAGUUCCUGGGGGCUCUUGAAAAUGAGAACCAGGAGACAUUUAGACCUUCAGGAAAAGAGAAUCAGGAACCACCAAAGGCUCUAGAGGAAGAGGAUCAGAAGAUUGUGAUGCCUCUAGAAAAAGAGAACCAGGAGCCACUGAGGUAUCUAGAAGAAGAAGAUCAGAAGACUGUGAGGCCUCUAGAAAAAGAGAACCAGGAGCCAUUGAGGUAUCUAGAAGAAGAAGAUGGGAAGACUGUGAGGCCUCUAGAAAAAGAGAACCAGGAGCCACUGAGGUAUCUAGAAGAAGAAGAAGAUCAGAAGACUGUGAGGCCUCUAGAAAAAGAGAUUCAGGAGCCACUGUGGUCUCUAGAGGAAGAGGACCAGAAGGUUGUGAUACCUCUUGAAAAAGAAACUCAACAGCCCCAAAGUUCUCUAGAAAAGGACCAGGGGAGUAUAAUGCCUCCAGAAAAAGAGGAUCAGGAGUGUUCCUCUCAGGAAGAGGACCAAGAGACAUUGAGACACUUAGAGAAAGAGACUCAACAGCCAUCAGCAGCUCUAGGGGAAGAAGAACAGAUGACAUGGAGAUCUCUAGAAAAGGUGGAUCCAGAGUCACUGAAGUCUCUUGGAAAAGACCAAGAGAUAGUUAGGUCUCUUGAAAAAGAGAACCAAGAGUUAUCCAAGUCACCAAAAGAAGAAAGUGGAGAGGCAGUGGGGUCCUUGGAAACAAAAAAUCUAGAACCAUUCGAGUCUGCAGAAGAAGAGAACCUGGAAAUAUUGAAAUGUCAAGAAACUCAGGAGCCACUCUGGUCUCUAGAAGAAAUGAAUAAGGAGACAAUGAAAGCUGUAGAAAUGGAAAUUCAAGAACCACUGGCGUCUGUGGAAGAGAACCAAGAGACACCGAGACCCCUAGAAAAGGAGACUCAAGAACCACUAAGAUCUCUGGGUGAGUGGGACCUAGAGAAUCCGGGAUUUCCAAAAGAGGCAGAGAAGGAAAGUCCAAGGGAUCUGGAAGAGGAAGAGAGGCUGGAGAAGGGAGAGACUCGAGAGUCACUGAAGUCCCUGGGAGAGGAGGGGCAGGAGCUGCCUUGGUCCACAAAUCAGCAGAGGUGGGAGGACAGGGCUGUGGGGGACCAAGCACUGAGCCAGGAAGCCCCCCCUGGGAGGCUUGGAGUGGGAAGUGAGGACGAGGCAGAGCCGGACCUGAGGGAGCAGGAUGGGGAGGAGGAGGUGGCGCAGCCAGGAGCGCCAGAGCCCAAUGUCACGGGAGACACAGAGAGCACAGGGAGCCCUGGGCCGGGGGAGCAGAGUGUCCCAGCGGAGGGAGCCCGUGGGAAGGGAGACUCCGAGGGCCUCCAGGACGCUGCGGGGCCACCGGAGCAGGUGGGAGCCCCAGGCCUGGGAGCUUCCCCAGGAAAGCCAGGGGGGACAGAGCCCCCGAGGGCAGAGGAGGGUGAGGCCUCAGAGGGUGACCUGGAGGUCGCCUGGGGAUCAGAGAUGGCCAGAGGCGAGGCUGCUGUAGGAGCCAAGCUGGCACCUGAGCAGGAGGUGAUAGGAUUGGAGGACCCAGGGCACCAGGCUGGACAGGAGGUGACGUGGCCACCCCUGGGGGAAGAAGGCUCGGGGGCAGAGAGAGCUCCACUCUUUGGAAAGGACCUAGAGGAGGCAGAUGUCCUGGGGGCAGCUCUCUCCAAACUGCCCGGGACAAGCAGAGACCCUCCGGAGCCUCCCAAGGACUCAGAGGGGUCAGAAUCGGAGGUGCCCUGGGGAGCAGAGGAGGGGUCCCCUGUGGAGACCUCAGGAAGUGGGACCUUUCAGCCCCAGGUUCAGGGCUCAGAGGAAAGCGGGGAUGUUCCACCAGUGCUGGGGCCCCCCAGCCCCAGGCCCCCUGAACCCUGGCGGCCCACCCCAGUCCUGGGAGAUGCCCCUGGGCCUCAGCCCCAGGAUAAGGGGAACCUGGGGGCUGACUGGGGGCUGGAAGCGGGGGCUGAAGCCCUGAGAAAGGUGGAGGGUGAGCAGGAGGAGUUAGGUCCUGGAGACGUCUCUGAAGACCCCCAGGAGGAGGGGGAGGAAAGCCGAGAAGAGAGCGAGGCAGAUGAGUUAGGGGAGACCCUUCCGGACUCCACUCCCCUGGGCCUCUACUUCCAAUCCCCUGCCUCCCCCAGAUGGGACAUGGCAGGAGAACAGAGGCCCUCCCCACUAGGGGAAGCCAGGAAGGAGGGCUGGGAUCCCACUGCCCUGGUCUCCAAGGGCCCCGGGGCCCAACCCUCAGAGGAGGAGGUGGAGGCGGAGGAAGAGGAGGAGGAGGAGGAGGCCGAGGAGGAGGAGGAGGAAGGGCAGGGCCAGGACUCCGACCUGUCAGAGGAGUUUGAGGAUCUGGUGACUGAAGCGUCCCUUCUUCCUGGAGACCCCCGGGAGCUGGCAGAACCUCUGGGCCAGGUGCCCCAGAUGCUGAAGCCGGAGGUCUGGGACGGGGAUGGGGAGUCCGAUGGGUUUGCAGAUGAGGAGGAGGGUGGGGAGGAGGGAGAGGAGGAAGAGGAGGAGGAAGAGGAGGGGAGGGGGCCGGGGGCUCCUCGGUGGGGGCCAGGGGCCUCUGUUAGCAGCCUCCAGACUCUGAGUAGCUCUCAGAGAGGGGACCUCUUGGAGCCUGAGACCGUGGGUGUCAGUGUCCCCUGGGACGAUGGCUCGAAGGCCUCUGUGACUGCCCCGGAGACUGAGUCCCAGGACAGUGCUGAGCCCUCGGGCUCUGAGGAGGAGUCUGACUCCGCUCCUUUGGAGAGGGAGGACCCAGUCUCCGGGCCUUUACAGACUCCCAGAGGGGAGGAAGACCCGGGCCCCCGGGCAGGGGACGCCCUCAGUGUCAACGGUGGAGACCACAGCUUGGAGGAGGAGCCAGAGGACGGGGAUGGAAGGGUGAUGAAUGGGCUGCAGCAGUCCCAGGGCACAGGGCAGGGGACGCCUGAGGCCCCUGAUGGGGACAGAGAGAUCCCCUUACAGGAAGAGGAGGGGGUUGCCCUGAAGACCCCUCGGGCAGGGGCUCCUGUCCACCYGGGCCCUGGCCAGUUCCUGAAGUUCGCCCCCAGGGAAGGAGAGGGGGAUUCCUGGUCCUCCGGSGAGGACUAGAAGUGUGGCACUCAGGACUUGGUGGUGGGCGAUUGGCCCCAAGUCCCCUCCCGGCUGAGGUCACCUUCAUGGACAAUCCUAGGUCUGUGGUUUCUGAGGGACGAGAUGCCCGGCUGGCUCAGGUGAAAUGGGUGUGUCAGAGGAGCCUGUCCCCAAAACAAAGCCUUGGGGAGUAAACACUUCAGAUUCUGCCAUCUCCCAAGGGAGGGGACAGUGGUGGCCUCCACCAGGGCUCCCCAGCCCUGCGCCACCCGCUGCAGCAGCCUCGUCCUCCUGGGAGGCCUGCCCUGUGGCUCAUGGACGUGAAGAGUGUGCCCGUGUCCUGACCCCUCAUCCGGGCCGUACUGUCACCCUGCCCGGCUCACCCCUGCUUGAAUAAA